AUGUCUGGAACCCUCAGCGGUAACACUAGUACAGCGAAGGUGAAUAAAGUGAGGUACUGCUUGCUCUUAUCAGUGGCAGAAGGUAUUUUCAAGAGAAAUAAUUCAAGAUUGAUGGAUGAAAUUUUAAAACAGCAGCAAGAACUCUUAGGACUAGAUUGCUCCAAGUACACCGUGGAAUUUGCAAAUCGAGACAAAGCUGAUGAAGUUUUAAAUUGCCAAUCUACAUUGAAGGUGCUGUCUCCGGAAGAUGGAAAAGCAGACAUAGUAAAAGCUGCUCAGAACUUUUGUCAGUUGGUAGCACAGCAGCAAAGAACAUACACAGACCUGGAUGUGAAUGUGAUAGUAUCUUUGACUAGUACAAAUGGAUUUCCUGAUCCUGAUUUAGUCUUGAAGUUUGGUCCUGUGGACAGCACAUUAGGAUUCCUUCCAUGGCACAUCAGACUGACAGAGAUCAUUUCUUUGCCUUCCCACCUGAACAUCAGCUAUGAAGACUUUUUCUCUGCCCUCCAUCACUAUGCAGCCUGUGAGCAGCGCUGGGGAAAGUGACUUCUGGCUGAGCACAUGGAGUCAGACUUUCUGUGAGAAGGAAUUGAUGUCUGUUUACAAGCACCUGUGACCCAUAUGUCUGGUUCAUAGUCCUUUCUUAAUUUAUCAACAAAUUCAAUAAAGUGUCUUACCUUUCUAGAGA